CCCGCCUGCCCCACCACCACCACUUCUUCUUCCUCCUCAUCCCCAACCUUUCCUCCUUUCUCUUUUUUCUCUUCUUCUUUCUAUUCUCCCAUCCUUUCCAUCCUUCAUUCUUAUCCUUCUUCCCUUCUUACCGGAAGAUAAACUACAUCACAAUGGCCGCCUACGCUCUGUCGUCCUCCCACCGGGAGCAAAUGGAGAACUCUCUGGUCAACUCUGACCCCGAGAUUGCGCAGGUCAUGGAAAAAGAGAUCCAGCGUCAGCGUGAAUCCGUUGUCCUGAUUGCCUCUGAGAACUUCACCUCGCGCGCUGUUUUCGAUGCUCUUGGUUCGCCCAUGUCCAACAAGUACUCUGAGGGUUACCCCGGAGCUCGUUACUACGGUGGUAACCAGCACAUCGAUGCCAUCGAGCUUACCUGCCAGGCCCGUGCUCUGAAGGCCUUCAACUUGGACUCCGAGAAGUGGGGUGUCAACGUUCAGUGCUUGAGUGGUAGCCCCGCCAACUUGCAGGUCUACCAGGCCCUCAUGCGCCCCCACGACCGUCUGAUGGGUCUUGACCUUCCUCACGGUGGUCACUUGAGUCACGGAUACCAGAUCCCCUCCAAGAAGAUCUCCGCUGUCUCUACCUACUUCGAGACCUUCCCCUACCGUGUCAACCUUGAGACUGGCAUCAUCGACUACGAUGCCCUUGAGGCCAACGCUGAGCUGUACCGCCCCAAGUGUCUGGUUGCUGGUACCUCCGCCUACUGCCGUCUGAUUGACUACGAGCGUAUGCGCAAGAUCGCUGACAAGGUCGGCGCUUACCUCAUUGUCGACAUGGCUCACAUCUCUGGAUUGAUUGCCGCUGGUGUCAUCCCCUCGCCCUUCGAGUACGCUGACGUUGUGACCACCACCACUCACAAGUCUCUCCGUGGCCCCCGUGGUGCCAUGAUCUUCUUCCGCAAGGGUGUGCGCAGCACUGACAAGACCGGAAAGGAGAUCAUGUACGAUCUCGAGGGUCCCAUCAACUUCUCUGUCUUCCCCGGUCACCAGGGAGGUCCCCACAACCACACCAUCACUGCUCUUGCUGUCGCUCUCAAGCAGGCCGCCAGCCCUGAGUUCAAGCAGUACCAAGAGCUCGUUAUCAAGAACGCCAAGGCUCUUGAGAACGCCUUCAAGGAGAUGGACUACAAGCUCGUUUCCGGUGGAACCGACAGCCACAUGGUUCUCGUCGACCUCCGCGCCAAGAAGCUGGACGGUGCUCGUAUCGAGGCCGUUCUCGAGCAGAUCAACAUUGCCUGCAACAAGAACGCCAUCCCUGGUGACAAGUCUGCCCUCUCCCCUGGUGGUAUCCGUAUCGGUGCCCCCGCCAUGUCCACCCGUGGCAUGGGUGAGGCCGAGUUCAAGCGUAUUGCCGAAUACGUCGACAAGGCUGUCAAGAUCGCCAGAGCCACUCAGGACUCACUCCCCAAGGAGGCCAACAAGCUCAAGGACUUCAAGGCCAAGGUUGCCUCCGAGACCAUCCCCGAGAUUCUCGAGCUCCGCAAGGAGGUGGCCCAGUGGGCCAGCUCUUUCCCUCUUCCCGUUUAAAUGCCGGGCAUUUGGGAGUGAUAUGAUUUCGUUGGAUGCUUAAGGAUAUACCUUUUCAUCUUUUUUUAUUUUUCUUUUAUUUUCUUUGCAUAAUUUUUUUUUUCGUCUAUUCAACAUUAAUGCGUAUAAAAAGGAUACUAGUUGGGAGUGUUACAAGGGGUUUAUACCGGUCUGCUUUUUCAACCUUACGCGGGUCAUGGGUUAUGGAUACACUUAGCAUGAGAAACGAGCACUAGC